AUGCUGUUUCAGGUGGGAGGAGAUGGCACACGCCCUACCUUCUUCGAGAUGGCUGCGGCUCAGCAACUUCCAGCUAGCCUCCGCGCCGCUCUCACAUAUUCACUCGGCGUUUUUGCAUUGAGACGAACGUUUCUUCACAAAAUCUUAGACUAUGAAGAUGAGUUCUAUGCUGCUUUGAUGCUUAUCCUUGAAGGGCAUAGCUUAAGAACCACAGAUGCUUCGUUUGCUGAAUCAUUGUAUGGUUUGAGGAGGAAGUCAGUGAGAUUGAGAUUGAGGAAAGACUCUGGUGAAGAAGUUAAGCAUUCUGGUUUAGAGAAACGCCAGAGGAUCCUUUCUGUUGUGUUUCUGGUUGUGUUACCGUAUUUCAAAUCGAAGUUGCAUGCGAUUUAUAACAAGGAGAGGGAAGCUAGGCUCAGGGAAAGUUUAUGGGGAAUGGAGGAUCAAGGGUUUGAUGAAGUUGACUUCUUUGCAGGAGAGGAACCGGUUGUUUCAGGAGGGGAUAGUGGGAAUAAUCAAGAGCUUUCUGUUAGAGUGCAGUUAGCUACGAAGAUUAAAAAGUUUAUAGCUCUGUGCUAUCCUUGGAUACAUGCAUCAAGUGAAGGAUUAUCAUUCAGUUACCAGCUCUUAUAUUUACUGGACGCUACUGGAUUUUAUUCUCUGGGGCUUCAAGCUCUUGGGAUUCAAGUUUGUCGAGCUACAGGGCAAGAACUGAUGGAUACGUCUUCAAGAAUUUCAAAGAUACGGAACCAUGAGCGUGAGAGACUUCGUGGUCCUCCAUGGUUAAAAACAGUGCAAGGGGCUCUUCUUACCUGUUCAUAUGCAGUACUUGACUACGCCCAAACCGGUUUAAUUGCAGCAGUUUUUAUCUUUAAAAUGAUGGAAUGGUGGUAUCAAUCAGCUGAAGAGAGAUUAACAGCUCCAACCGUGUACCCUCCACCUCCACCUCCUCCAGCCCCAAAGGUGGCUACAGACGGAAUCCCUCUACCUCCGGAUAGGUCCCUCUGCGCGUUAUGCUUGCAAAAACGUGCAAACCCGUCAGUUGUCACAGUCUCUGGAUUUGUUUUCUGCUAUGCUUGCGUAUUUAAGUAUGUUACAAAGUACAACCGAUGUCCAGUGACAAUGAUUCCGGCAAGCGUGGAUCAGAUAAGGAGGCUGUUUCAUGACACUUAG